CAGAAACACAAGACUUUUUAUUCCACUAAGUGUCUGUUCACAUGUUCAGUGGAGGAUGUGUGUUAGACAUGGCAGAGUUCCUGAGUGGGUUUAAUCUACAGCUGAUGAUUGGUUUACAGAGUGCUGAUGAAUCUUCUCUCUUCAUGUGGUGUUGAUCUUUCAGGUGUCAUCAGUCUGAGUCUCCUUCAGAACAUUUCAGCUGAUCUGUUAUCUGUUGAUCCUGGAGAAAACAUCACUCUGUUCUGUAACAUCACUAAUUAUUCAGAGAUAUCGUGGUAUCACAUGAAGUCAGGAGUCUUGAGGCAGAUUAUAUCGACUGCACAAAGGAAACUGGACAAACUCUUUUAUACUGAUUAUAAUGAGGAUAAGAGUCACUUUGCUAUAACAGAACGCAGCAGUUCAGUCAGUUUAGUGAUUAUUGGAGUUAGAGACACAGAUCUGGGAUUUUAUUACUGUGGAGGUCGAAACAAGGGACACAUUCAGUUUGGGAAAGUCAUCAGUUUGAACUUUACAGGUGGCAGCAGAAAUGAGACUCGUUCCUCAUCAGAGGAUUCAGAUUCACACCAGACUGGAGGAACUGAGAACAUCUGGAUUAUACUUAUGACCAUAAUGUGUGUGUGCUCCAUCUCUGUCCUAAUAAACAUCAUCUGCAUGUGUGUGUUCUGCAGCAGGGUGGAAGGAAAAUUAUCAUCAUCAUUAUCAUCAUGCUGCAGUCACGACACCAGCUCCACUGAACAGGAUGAAAAGAUUCAUCAUGACAGUUUGCUGUAUGACAGAAAGUUCACAGGAUCUGUUAAGAACAACAAAGCUUCAGAUUUGGACUGUGUGACUUACGUAACCUUCACCUCACAGCCGCAGAGACACUGACCUACAGGGACUGAGAAGUUGUAAAUCCCUGGAGAUCCAUCCUCAUGUCAUGAUCUUGAGAUUAAUCUGGAGAACUCUCAGAUCACAUGGACUCAUGUACUAGAUCAGACUUACUUUUCUAACUAACCUAAUAAAAAUGUAAAUACUAAAUACUAGACUAAAAAUUCUGUCAGUUUGUGGUUAUUUCUAAUUAUAUACAGAUGGUCUUAAUUUAAUUAAGACCUAAAUUAAACAGUUAAAUAAAUUUAUGGUGUAAAUGAGGAGUAGGUGCGAUACAGGAUUAAAUGGUUUUAAAAAUUAAAAAUCUUUGAAUAAA